AUGGCGUCCGAACAACUAGACUCGAAAAGGUGCAUAGGGUUGGAUUGCAUCAACGAUGCCGGUAGCUUACGGUGUCCAACAUGCCUGAAGAUUGGAGUCGAGAGCCGUUUCUGUUCGCAAGACUGCUUUAAGAAAAGCUGGAGCGAGCAUAAGUCUGUUCACAAGAAGAGUAAUUUUCUAAGCAAUCUUUUCCCUCCCAAAAUAGUGUCUGAACUAGAUCCAGCUACCGGUCAUUUCAACCCGUUUCCAACCUAUUCGUUCACCGGGAGCUUAAGACCCGUAUACCCUCUUUCCCCCCAAAAAAGUGUCCCGGACUCAAUCCCCCACCCUGACUAUGCCAGUGACGGCAUUCCUCGCUCAGAACAGAAACAUGUCGGUCGACAUAACAUCACAAUACUUAGUCCGAAGGAGCAGGACGGAAUGAGGAAAGUAUGCCGUCUGGCGCGAGAAGUGCUGGAUAUCGCUGCGCGCGAAAUCAAACCUGGUGUUACGACCGACCACAUUGAUGAGGUUGUCCAUCGGGCUUGCUUGGAACGAAAGUCGUACCCGUCGCCACUUAACUAUGUCCAUUUCCCCAAGUCCGUCUGCACGUCCGUCAAUGAGGUUAUCUGCCACGGCAUUCCUGACCAACGGCCAUUGGAGGAUGGGGAUAUUGUAAAUAUUGACGUCACACUCUACCAUGAGGGUUUCCAUGGCGACCUGAACGAGACCUACUACGUCGGAGAAAAGGCCCGCGCAAACCCAGACCUUGUUCGGGUGGUAGAAACCGCAAGAGAAUGUCUGGACAAAUCAAUUGAAUUAGUGAAGCCGGGCAUGCUAUUUCGAGACCCAGGAAACGUUAUUGAGAAACACGCAAAGAGCAACAAUUGCAGCGUGGUUCGGAGUUAUUGCGGGCAUGGCAUCAACCAACUUUUCCACACAGCGCCCAGCAUUCCGCACUAUGGGAAGAGUAAGACGGUUGGACAAGCGAAGGCCGGCAUGUGUUUUACAAUAGAACCUAUGAUUAACUUGGGAACAUACCGAGAUAAGACUUGGCCGGAUAACUGGACUAGCGUUACCGCGGAUGGACUCCAGUCCGCUCAAUUCGAACACACGUUGCUAGUGACGGAGGAUGGUGUUGAAGUGCUUACAGCUAGAUUGCCGGACUCUCCCGGCGGCGCUAUCCCUAGGCCUGCUGUUGACGGAGAGAGAACGUGA